GUCUGACACACAGAUUGUUUGUGAUUUCUCUUCCGCAUCGACACAAACACUGUGUUUUGGUCAAGUAUAAAGUUUAUAGGAGACAUCUAAAUUUAUUUUUGUCUUUUCAUUUUUUUUUCUCUUCGGUUUUUUUCCCCCCAGGAAAUGGCCAAUUUAAGAAUGAAUUAUUUUUCUUCUUCUUCUUCAGCUCAAAGCGGUGUUCAAGAUAAUGUUGAAGACACUGAUAAUUCUUUAAAAGAAAGUCAGGGAAUGAAGGGCGAGGUUCACCAUCAUUUAGAGGAGAGCAUUCGUCCAUACAUUGACCUGAUUGACACUCUGCGCUCAGUUGGCAUUCAGAAGGACUUGGCAUUGCCGACUAUCGUAGUGAUUGGAGACCAGAGUUCUGGGAAAAGCUCUGUGCUGGAAGCACUGUCUGGAAUUGCGUUACCAAGAGGAAGCGGAAUUGUCACUAGAUGUCCAUUAGAGCUGAGGCUGAGGAACGUAACAGGUGGAGUCAGCUGGAAAGCUGUUCUGUCUUACCAUAAGAAGAAAAUUGAAAAAAAUACUAAAGCAGUUUCUAACCAACUGUCAAGUUCAGCGAGCAAAAGGCCACGUUUGUCUUAUGAGGAGAAGAUGAUUGAAUUCGAGGAUCCUUCAUUAGUUGAAAAACAUGUUGAAGAAGCCCAGAAUGAGUUGGCUGGAAAAGGGGUGAAAAUCUGUGAUGACCUCAUCACUUUAGAGGUCAGGUCAGCGGAUGUGUGUGACCUCACACUGAUCGAUCUACCUGGAAUCGCUCGAGUCCCAGUGCAAGGACAACCACAAGAUAUUGGAAACCAGAUCCAACGUCUGAUCAUGAAAUUUAUUGAGAAGCCAGAGACUAUAAACAUGGUAGUGGUCCCAUGUAACACAGACAUUGCAACAACUGAAGCACUGAAAAUGGCACAAGAAGUAGAUCCUGAGGGUGUAAGAACUCUUGCCAUUUUAACCAAGCCAGACCUCAUAGACAGAGGAACCGAGAAGAAUAUUCUGGCCGUUGUCCAGAACAAAGUGAUUCCUCUCCGCAAAGGUUACGUCAUGGUGAAGUGUAGAGGACAACAACAGAUCGAUGAGAAAGUUUCUCUGGUGGAGGCGACACAAAUUGAGAGAGAUUUCUUCCAAAAUCAUGACUUUUUCAGACCCCUUUUGGAUGAGAAUAAAGCGACUAUUAAAUGUCUUGCCAUCAAACUCACUCAAGAUCUCGUCAAUCAUAUUAAAAAAUCACUGCCAAAGCUGGAUGAACAGAUAAAAAAGCAGCUGUGGGAUGUGAGGAAUGAGCUGAAGAAGUGUGAAGCUGGACCACCACAGGACCUGAAGGGAGCCAAACAAUUCCUCAUUAAAAUAUUAAUAAGAUUCAAUGAUAAAAUCAAGUCCUUAUCAUUAGGAGAGAUGAUCAUUAAGGAAAAUUUGUUUGUCCAGCUUCGGUCUGAAUUCAAGAAGUGGAAUGAUGGUCUUAAUGACACAAAGACGUCCUUUGACAGUUCGAGGGAGCUUAGCCAGAAUUACAGAGGAAGAGAACUGCUCGGCUUCAGCAACUACAGAAUUUUUGAGAUGAUUUUGCAGGACCGUGUGGCUAAACUUAAAGAGCCAGCCAUCGAAUCACUCAAUUCCAUUAAAGACAUUAUUCUCAAGCAAUUCACUGACGUGUCUCACCAGUGUUUCCGAAACUACCCUGUUCUUCUAAAUACCACUAUGAACAAAAUUGACAAUAUUCAGUCAAGCCAGCAAGCCAAAACAGAGCAGCGGAUCAUGGAUCAAUUUGAAAUGGAAAGCAUGAUCUACACUCAAGAUCCCAUCUACUUGAAGUUCUUGAAUGAGAUUAGUGGCGAGAAAUUUUCCGAAGCGCAAUUACCUGUCCUUGACAUAAAAAGCAAGUACAGUGAAAUGCUGCAGGCGUAUUAUGAGAUUGUGGUGCAGAGGAUGGCUGACCAACUUCCAAUGCUGAUCUCCUUCUACAUGCUAAAGGAGACUGCUGAGCUCCUGUGUACUGACAUGCUGAGUAUACUGGAAGCGGCAAAUGUGAGCGAGCUCUUGUUUGAGGACUCUGACCUCAGCAAAAGACGCAAAGACUUGCAGACUCGUCUGGCCCGUUUGACAGCUGCUCACGAAGAACUUAAUGAUUUUAUUUGAGAGAUCAAAGGAUGUUAUCUUACAUUAUACAUAAUAUAGCCAAUUUGACAGCUUGAUCCAUGAGAAUCUUUUCAGCAUAUGGACACAUAUUAUCCUAACCACCAUAUAAUAGUUUUUCAAUAAUGUUAAAUAAGUUGCUGAUCUUUUUAAUACAGCUAAAAACUUAAUCCAUAAAAAUUUAUUUAGCAUAUACAGUUUUUGAUAUAUUGCUUGAUUUCUUUUUUUUCUUUAAACCAAAUACCUGCAGUGUAACCCUUUCACUGUAAUUGUCUUUCGGAACAUGCUGCACAACUCCUUGUUCAAGCUCUUGUUCUGUCCAGGCUAGACUAUUGCAACGCUCUCUUGGCAGGUCUUCCAGCCAGUUCUAUCAAACCUUUACAAUUAAU